AUGGUGUUUCCUCCCCAGGUUUUUGAAAUCAGAGUAAAUUCCGCCCAUGACUUGGCCCUCGUUUCUAAGAGCAUGAAAACUUACGUAACUGUAAGCAUCGAUUCUAACCGUAAGGUCACCACCAGGGUUGAUCAAACUGGCCUCAAUAACCCCACUUGGAAUGAGAAAUUUGGAUUUCGAGUCGAUGACAGGUUUCUUAACGAUGAAACUUCCGUUGUUAUGGUCGAAAUAUAUGCGGCAGCGUGGUUGAAAGAUUACCUCAUUGGCUCCGUUCGUGUUCUCAUUACCCACCUGUUUGGUUCUGUUUCGAACAAUGCGUUGCCCACGCGAUUUGUUGCGUUGCAGGUUCGCCCUCUGUCGGGGCGGCCUCAGGGGAUCAUCAACAUGGGCAUCUCGCUUUUGGAUAACACAACAAGGAGCUUGCCGCUGUUGGCCGAGCUGUGCGCCGCGGGUGGAGCUUUUAGCGAUAUAACAUCGAUAAGAAAUUACAACGAUGCGAAAACGAAGAAGACGCAUAAAGAUGAUCAAGAAGUUGAGAAAUUAAAUCUCAGUAAUAAUCCCAAAAAGAACUUGAAACUACGUCGUUCGUUAAGCGACAGGACGGAUUUAACCAGUAAGGAUAACAGAAAUCAAGUCGUCGUUAAUGUUGACUCAAUAAUGUGCAAUGAUUUAGUGCUGAAAGGAAAUAAUAAUAAUAAUAAUAACGGCGGCGUGGUAAACGAGUCAAUAUGUUGGAUGGACGUGGGGCCUUCAGCGUCGGUGGUUGCGGCGGCGAUAGCAAAAGGGUUGUACAAGACACCAGCGCCGGCGGCGAAUAGGGAGAAUGAAGAAAACCUGAAACUGAAUGUUGAGAGAUGGCGGAAUGAGGAUCAACCAAAUUACAAUUAUUAUAAAAUGAAAGCUAAUAGUAAACAGAGUGGACAUGCACGGCGGAGAACGGAGAGCGGAGGGUUGUUUUCGUGUUUUGGUAAUGCAUUUGGGUGUGAAAUCUCGAUCACAUGUGGCGGCGGCGGCGCAGGAAGCACCCAAGGGAGAUACCAAAAUUGUAGGAUUUACCCCCUGAGCAUGGUUGGAGAUAGUAUUUGUAGUGUUCAUCAACCUUACGUUGCCAGGUUUAAGAAAGAAAAUUAA